CAGGGAUUUUGCAGUUUUGAUCUGGGGGGAGCGUGCUGGGUUUGGUUUUUGCACUGGAGCACUGUUCCUGUAGUUUUGUUGGCGAAGCGAGGAAGGCUUCUUUGCGCCAGUUCAGCUCUGCAGUUGUGUUGAGGGCAGCGUGUAGCAGUGCGCUAGCCAGGCUCAGCUAUGGACGUCACAGACCGUGCUCCGCCGACCAUCGGCAAAGUCCACGAUGCCCACAAGGUACGAAUGUCGGGCUCGGAGAUGGAUGCCAAACGAAAGGAGCACGUUGCCUACGAAUACUUAUGCCAUUUAGAAGAAGCGCGAAAAUGGUUUGAGGCAUGUCUAGGCGAAGAGCAGCCACCCGCAUCCGAGAUGGAGGCCGCAUUGAUGAAUGGAGUCACCCUGGCAAAGCUAGCACAUUUCUUCGAUCCGGACAGCGUCAGUUUGAAGAAGAUCUACGACAUUGAUUUAUCUGUCUUCAGUUCUCAAGGCCUGAAGUUCCGCCACACGGACAACAUCAACUUCUGGACGAAUGCCAUGUCUCGUGCUGGCCUUCCCAAGAUCUUCUACCCGACCACGACAGAUAUCUACAAUCGCAAGAACAUGCCCAGGGCGGUGUACUGCUUGCAUGCGCUCAGCAUGUACCUGCACCGGCUUGGCAAGGCGCCUCCGAUGCAGAACCUCGUCGGCGAGGCCGAGUUUACGGAGGAAGAGAUCACGAAUAUGCAACUGGAGCUUGAGAAGUAUGGCAUUCAGAUGCCGGCCUUCGGCAAGAUCGGUGGCAUUCUCGCGAAUGAGCUAUCCGUUGACGAGGCCGCGGUGCAUGCAGCCGUGCUUGCCAUCAACGCAGCCAUCGACCAGGAAGAUGCGGAGGAGCUGUCCAAGAAGCUGAACUUGCCGGCCGCGGGCCUGUUCAAGGUGGACGCAGGCAACGCAGCGGACUACCUGGCUCUGCUCAAGGAGCGCAAGGACGCCAAGAUUGCCAAGUCGGAAGGCAAGAGUGAGGAGGACCUGGAUGCUUAUGAAAAGCUGCUUUCCCAAGGUGAGCUUCAGACCGGCGUGAGCGAUGCUAACCAAGUGGUCGUGGAGCGGAUUCGAAGCCAGCAGAUGGCUGCAACUAGUGAUCAAGUAAAUACGGCAAUACGAGCAGACUGCAGCGAGGAGGAACUGGCUGCCAUUCUAACGCACCCGGAAUGCCACUUGCAGGACGUGUUGCCUGAGAACAUGAGUUACUACAAGGCAUUCCUGGACAAGCUGAGAGCGGAAAAGGGCGACGAGCCGCUCACAUUCGACGAGAUUCAGCAGGCUAUCCGAGAUGCUAAUGCACAAGCUGCUUACGACAGAUCAGUUGGCGGCGCUAUGGAUAAGUUGAAUCGAAUGAUCUCUGCCGGAGAUUCUGAUUCAUUCCUGGAGUCUUUGCAGUCGUCUCUUCUCGAACUGAAGAAUGUACGACCUGAGAAUGCGCAUAUCUAUCAAGUCUUGCUGAAACAAGUUCAAGAAGCCAAAGGAGAGGACUUGGCGAGAGAGGAGAUUCAGUCUGUCAUCGACAACGCCAAUGAGUAUGCAGACCAGACAGCAACAUUGAUCGGUGGCUUGGACAGCGUACACACCUCACUGGGUGAGGAUGACCCGCAGGCUGUGCUCGAAGCACUGCAGGCCGAGGCCGUUUCGUUCCGAUCCGUCGUGCCCGAGUGCCAAGAAACGUACCAGGAACGCCUGCGCGAGGCACUGGCUGCGAAAGCGGAGGCAGGCGACCAGGCUGGCUGGACGGAAGAGACCACGCUGCAGGGCCACAGCUACUAUCAUAAUCGCCAAACCGGACAGCGGCAGUGGACUCGUCCGGAGGAGUUCAGUGGGAAGUCUGCUGAUCUGACACGGCAGGAAAUACAACACAUUCUAACUCGCGUAACUGGAGACUACAAUCGCCAGAAGUUGCUCGAAGCCAACGAGCACUUGAUCGUUCAGCUGCAAGCUCUGUGGAGAGGCAUUCUCUUCCGGAGAGGGUUCAACAAACGCAUGAACUACCUGGAAGAGCAAGUGCCACAUGUCGUCAAGAUCCAGUCAAACUUCAAGGGUCGCCAGCAGCAUAAGAAGUAUGCAGAGCGGCUUGCAUACUUGAAAGCAAACGAGCCAGCAGUUAUCACGAUGCAAGCAUACAUGAGAGGCGCACAAGCAAGGAAGCUCAUGAGAAUAAGGAAGCAAUUUUUCAACGACCAUGUAGCUGCGGUGGUCAAGCUGCAGUCACAUGUGCGUCGCUGGCUGGCAAUGCGUGACUAUAGAAAACUAAUUCAAGCUAAGAAGCCACCGGUGAACACACUACGCAAGUUCUUACAUCUAUUGGAGCACAGCGACCAGGACUUCCAGGAAGAAAUGGAGGUUCAGAGACUGAAGGCCAAGGUCGUUACAGAGAUCCGAGGCAACAAGGAGCUAGAGGAGAAUCUGAACAUCAUGGAUAUCAAGAUUGGUCUUCUCGUCAAGAACAGGCUAACGCUUGAUGACGUAGUAUCCCAGUCCAAGAAGCUGAAGAAGAAGGGAGGCCAAGAUCCACUGGCAUCGCAGAGUCGCGGCCUGAAGUCACUGAGUAAAGAAAACCGCGCUCGUCUUGAGGGCUACCAACACCUGUUCUACUUAUUGCAAACCAACCCAGACUAUCUGGCACGAUUGAUCUUUGAGAUGCCGCAGACAAGGACGACCAAGUUCAUGGAGAGCGUUAUCCUGACCAUUUUCAACUACGCCAGCAACCAGAGAGAAGAAUUUCUGCUCAUGAAACUCUUUGAGGCCGCCAUGAAGUUUGAAAUGAUGAUGAAAGUGGACCGUCUCGUCGACGUCAUCACUGGCAAUCCAACUGUGGUGAAGAUGGCUGUCCACUUCAAUCGAGGUGCGCAGGGACAGAGCUCGCUGAAGGAACUCCUCCUGCCGCUCGUGCGCCGUGUGAUUGAUGACAGGGAUCUGAACAUCAACACUAAUCCUGUAGACGUCUACAAGAUGUGGAUCAAUAAGAGAGAAGGAGAGACCGGAGAGUCAUGUAACCUGCCGUAUGAGGUGUCCAAUGACCAAGCUCUGGAUCACAAGGAGGUGCGUGAUGCCAUUGCAAUGUCCGUCAAAGUUCUCAAGAGCAUCCUGGAGAACUUUGUCAAGUCUAUCACCGAGAGCGUCAACAAGAUCCCGUAUGGCAUGCGCUUUGUGGCAAUGAAGCUUCGCCAAUCAUUGCAGCAGAAGUUCCCAGAUGCAUCACGGGAGGAGGUUUUGAAGGCGGUUGGUAACUUGAUCUACUAUCGUUUCAUGAACCCUGCAUUGGUCGCUCCGGAUGCAUUUGAUAUUGUGGAGCUGUCAGUGGACAAGGGCCUGACGCCUGAGCAGAGAAGAAACUUGGGAUCCAUCGCCAAGGUUCUUCAGCAUGCUGCAGCCAACAAAGCUUUCACAGCUGAGAAUGCUGCUCUUGCACCGCUCAACUCCUAUAUCACCGAGGCUCAUCCAAAGUUCCUGAAUUUCUUCCACAAAGCGUCCACAGUAGAUGAGGCCGAUGUUCAUUACAAUCAAGACCAGUACGCAGAAGUCGUCACGCUCACUCGUCCCAUCAUCUACAUCUCUGUCAAGGAAAUCGUCUCCACGCAUGAGCUGCUUAUCGAACAUGAGAAUGAACUUGCUCCAGACCCGAAUGAUCAGCUUCAUAUCAUUCUGAAGGAGAUUGGAGCUGCACCGGAGCUGAAGGAUAUCUUAGGGGACUCUGUACUGCCACCAGCCACCAACACAUCCGAAGCACAGGAGCAAUACCAGGAGAAACUUACCGAGGCGUCACAGCAGGAGGUUUCACUGAUGUUGACCAGUCGCUUCGAUGUGACUGAGGAUGAUGACACUGACAUGAAGACACUAUUUGUCAGAACGAAGCGAAUGGUAGUGGAUGUGCUAAGCGUACAACCAGGAGAAAACCUCAAGGAAGUCUUAGAUACACCAGCCGCAGAAGAACAGGAACUGGAAUAUCAGAUGCUGGUGAAGAAGCGCGACGACCGGGAAGAGAGAAGGGAAACCGAGCUGGACACCAAAGAACCGGAGAAGGAGAAGCUGAUGCGGCAGGCGACAGUGCGUGAUCAGACGCUGCCACUCGACGGUCUCAAGAGAAAGGUUAUGCGUAACCUGCAGCUGCUUGAGAGCGAGGGAAUGGUAGGGUCGGAGAACAAGUUCCAGGAAAUCGUAGAUGCUAUUGCAAGGGAUAUCCGUAAUCAGCACAGACAUCGGCAGCAGCGCAAACGCGAGCUGGCCAAGCUGCGCUCAACGCUCGAGAGUCUUGCGCAGAAGGCAAAGUUCUUCGAGGACCAGAGCACGUACUAUCACGAAUAUGUCAAGGCCUGCUUGGAGAAUCUUGCACGCAAAUCCAAUGAAAAGUCGAAGCAGAAGAUCACUACAAUACGCUACACGGCACAGAGGUUACAGCAGAAGGGAGUGAUCUUGGAGAUUGAAGGUCUUCCAGUGUCCCAAUUCCGUAACGUGAAUUUUGAGAUUCACAGUACGGAGGUUGGUCGCUUUGAAGUCUCUGCCAAGUUCAUGGGAGUAUCGAUGGAGAAAGUGGAACUCGUCUUCCAGGAUCUGCUACAGUUGCAGUACGAGGGCGUUGCCGUAAUGAAGAUGUUUGGCCGCGCCAAGAUCAACGUCAACCUGCUCAUCUUCCUCAUCAACAAGAAGUUCUACGGAAAGUGAGGCUUGACACACGGUUAGCGUGGACGGUAUUCUUUUAGCUGAACUGGCUGUCGAACGGCGAAAGCGUUGUUUUUUCUUUCGAGCGGUCGCCCGUUUGGUUCCCACUUGAUGUUCUGUGCGCCUGGCGCACUGAUCAAAUUUAGCUCCCAUUUUAUUUGAUUGUCUCAUACGCUGCUGCUGCUGCGGCUGCCAAGAUCAAUUUCUUACUCGCAAGAUUGCUGUUGCUCCCAUAUGAUAAGACUAAAUUUCCUCCGGACAGUUCAUUCUGCUGCAUAUGGGCUCCCAUAGUAAUGUUUCAUUGUUUGCGUACCUUGACUUCUGCCUCCGUAAAGCAUGCUGCCUGUUGGCAAUGCAAUGAAUACGAUAGCAUCCCUGUUCAGACUAUUCCGCCGCCCAGCGUAACUUUGGAUCCCGCCUUGGCGGGCAAUGCACUCGAAGGUGCCUUCUUUGCUUGGGAUGUGUCGUUGGCUGCUGGUUGUGCGGUGCGUGACCUGGGCUCUGCGCCCUGUGUCCCACACCUACGCACUCCAUGAUGUGCCGCAAUCCUAUUCCAAGUUGUCGAAUUUCUGUUCGCCUCCGUACGGCUUCUGUUAGUAUAUUCCCAUUGAAAUCUAUUUUUUCCCCGGCCACCAGUUCCACUUUGGAUCUAUCUGCUACAAGCCCGGUAUCUUAGAGCCUGACACGUGUUCAUGCGAAAUUUGCACCUGCUUUCUUCUAUUAUCUUGCAAAUAUCAUUUACAGAGCCUCACGCACACAUUAACCGGACGAAACAGAUUAUGCGUGCAUCUCUCAUUUCCAUUUUUCCAAUUUCUGCCGUUCGUGUUUUCAUUUUGGACUUUACCGUAUCAUUUGUGUGCGUGUGCAUGUGUGCUAUAUUGUUAGACAACUCAUUUCCAUUGUACACUGUACAAUAUUAUCACGAUAUACUGUCGGCUUUCCAGUGGUGUGAUGCCGCUGAUGUCCUUGUGAUAUUAUGUUAGUGUUGUCUGUUGUCCAAUCCAUUUUCUGCCUUCAAGUGCCUCGGGCUGUGUCAUAACAUCACGUCGCUGUUCUUGGAGUGACGAAAUUCCUCAUCA